GGGGUGUGCAAUAUCCCCGGGAAUCUAUUUACUGAUGGAAUCGAUACCGUCGCCAGUUUUCGGCGCCACGCUGAAGCAUGGAACUACAUAAGUCACAUAAUAGCACUAGAUGCACAUCCCGAGAUGAACCCAAUUUGUGGAAUUAAUUUCCUUGAUACGUGAGCUCCGCAAUGGCGCACAGUACCAUUUUGCAGGGGAUCGAUCAUCCUAUCCUUGUUUGCUCGUUGCCAAAGUGCUUACGGUAUUAUAAGACAAGUGGCAAUUCUUAGAUUCUUGUGCUUCGCCUGGAAAGCAUGGGGCCACGCGCGGCAUGUCGGGCUUGGCAGAUAUAUGGAAACCCCUUGCAAUGUAUGUGGGUAGUCGAUCAUAGAGGCUGGAGUCUGGAGUCCUGCCUAUAUAUGGGUGCCCAAGAGCCACCUCCCUUGUUAGCAACCACGUUUUGGGGUUGACAUUGUUGACUAUGGGUCGUAUACUUUCGGCGUUCCAAUUACCGCCCACGGACGGUCGACUUAUCACUUUCCUCCGGAUUUCUAAUUUGCCUUGUUGGGCGGGACAAAAAGGUGUGAUCGCUCUUGGAAGCCGAACAGGCUUAUUGCCUUGCCUGGAAUUAUGC